AUGACACUCGGCGUUCUUGUUUACUUGGUGAAGUUAUCUGGGCCGGAAUCAGGUCAAAGUGAUGGUAGCUUUAGGCCCAUAUAUGUUCAGCGUAACUGGAGUAAGGAUAACAUUGCUCCUGCUCCAAAACAGCACUGCAGAUUUUCAAAUCGGAGAAGGAUAUCUCGACGACUCUUUCUCUCACAAAAAACUACCUUAGUCGUCUCCGGCAGAGAAAUUUCGGUGAAGCUUAAACCCAGAUCGAUCCAUUUGAGAUCUAUGGAUCUCGUACCGGCUUUGGUUACUUUUCUCGCCGCAGCUCACGUCAUCGCCUUGCACCGAUCGUUGAUCUCUUUCGGAUUAUGCGAUUCUGUAGAUUGGCCUCUGAUCGUCAGCCUCAGAGACAAAAAUCUCAAUGAGGAAACGUCGGGACAUCGAUCGGAGUUCGAUUUCAUCGGUUGGUGGAAAAGGCAGUGGCGCCCACUAAUUAAACCCCACCACACGAGUAGCCAACCAGAGAAAAGGAAGGAGAGAAAGAGAGAAUCCCACGCCAUGAAGUCAACGAAAAGCUCCGCCGGCGACAAUAAUUCCAAACCGGCUAGAACCGGAUCAAUUUCGCCUGUACCGGAGUGGAUAACCGAGACGAUCAAUGGUGGAUCGCUCCGCCUCGUAGAUCUCCAUACCGGAAUCAACGGCUGGGCUUCGCCUCCAGGGGACGUCUUCUCUCUCCGCUCCGCCAAUUACUUCACCAACAAAGAGAAAUCACCCGGCGGAGACUGCCUCCUCUCUCUCGCCGGCGUUGACUGGCUCAAAUCCAGCACGAAACUCGAACACGUCCUGGCUCGUCCCGACAACCGCGUUGCUCAAGCGCUCAGAAAAGCCCAAUCGCUUGGCCAGUCCUUAGAUAGCUUCAUCUUCGCGGUGAAUUUUCAGGUUCCGAGCAAGGAACCGUACAGCUUGGUGUUCUACUUCGCGACGGAAGAUCCGAUCCCCUCGGAUUCCGUCCUCCGUCAGUUGAUCGACGGAGACGACUCGUUCUGUGGCCAAAGAUUCAAAGUGUUGAGCCGCGUCGUGAAAGGUCCCUGGGUGGUUAAAGCGGCGGCCGGGAGCUUCGGCGCGUUCAUUGUGGGUAAGACUGCGAGGUGUAGUUACCACAGAGGAUCUAACUACUUGGAGAUCGAUGUCGAUUUAAGCAGCUCGGCGAUCAUGACGGCGCUACUGCGGCUUGCGUUGGGGUACAUUACGAGCCUUACGGUGGACAUUGGUUUCGUAGUGGAGGCGCAAACGGAGGAUGAGCUGCCGGAGAGACUGAUCGGAGCUUGUAGGGUUUGUCAUAUUGAGUUAUCGACGGCGUUUUCUGUCGUCGGCCCGGAGAACCCUCUCGGAACGAUGGGUUCGGCGAAAGCAAACCACGACGAGGAAGACGAAAAUGUUUCAGUCUAA